AUGAUUGGGAAGAAGUUGGAGCUACCCUCUAUAACCAGCGUCGUGUUGGCUAUAGCCGGCGUGGUCAAUGGCUUGACUUUUGAGAUCCCCUCCUCUGUGCCCGCAAAUGCAAGUGCGCAGAUUGAUGCUGCGCCGGUGGGCUUGUCGUUCGAAUUCUUCGCCUUCCCGGAGUACUUUGAGCAACUGUCGUUGACCGAUGGCUGUCUGGGUGUGCUGGGCGAUGCACUGGGAACAAAGCCCCCGAUUCGAAUCGGAGGAACCACCCAGGACCGCGCAACCUACAAUGCCUCCCUAUCGUCUGCCGUCUUAUAUACAGUCGCCUCGCCUGACGACGCACCCGAGACCCUGACCUUCGGCAACUCGUUCAUGGAGAUAGCCGGCGCCUACGACGGCUCCGUGACCAUCGGCUUCAACCGCCGCCUCAGCAACCUCAACAACACCAUCGCAGCAGCACAAGUCGCCACAUCCACGAUCAAAAACCUAUACGCCAUCGAGCUAGGCAACGAGCCAAACUUCUUCUCCUCAAGCGACCCAAUCGCCAACGGCAAAUCCUGGACCGCAGCCGCGGACGCCGUCUCGCAAGUCUCAUGGCAGAAAUCCGUUGGAGCCGCGCUGGACAAGACCUCGAUCAUCCAGGCCGGCGUAUUCUUCGGACUGGGGUCCUACGAAGUGACGAACCUCGUCGACGACGAAGAAGACGCCGCCGCCACGCAAUACGUGCGUUCCUUCUGCCACCACUACUACCCUUACUCUGCGUCGACGGCCGAUCUAAACGGGCUGAUGAGCCACGCGGACAUCGUCGACGGCGUGACCGCGUUCCAGGCACAGGUCUCUGCCGCGCAUGACCUCGACAAGGACUUCGUGAUGGGCGAAACGAACUCAGCGACCGGAGGCGGUGGCGGCAUCAGCCCUACUUUUGGCGCUGGGCUUUGGAUUCUGGACUAUAUGAUGCAGGCGGUUAUCUUGGGCAUCAAGCAACUGUACUUCCACCAAGGUACCAUCGGCAACUGUCCGUAUUGCUGGUGGGACGAGACAGUCAACGCCCCGUUCUACGGCGCGUAUACGGCGGCGCUGGCGCUCGGGGGCGCGGCGCAGGUCGCGCAGCUGGACAGCGGCGACACCCGGGUGGCUGCGUAUGCCAUCUAUGAUAGCGCCGGAGCGGCGACGCGGGUGCUGCUGUAUAACUCGGAGUAUUACACCUCGGGCACGCGGGGCAGCGUCAACAUCACCCUGACCGGUCUGGCAUCGACGGCGACCUCUGUCUCGGCUAAGCGGUUGACGGGCGAUGCGGCGACCACGACGGUUGGGGCCGGGAGCAUCACUGUUGGGGGACAGACGUUUGCCAACGGGACGUGUGCGUUGCAGGGCACGCAGGAGACUGAGACGGUAGGGGUUGUGGACGGGGAAGUGACAUUCGCUGUGCAGGCCUCGGAAGCGGUGCUUGUUUAUCUGUAGGGGUUCCAGGGAAGGAGAG